UGAGAAAGAUCAGUCUCGGAUCAUAACGGUUUGCUCAUGUUCAAGCCUUGGAUCGAGACACAGAACAUCUGGUCAGCACAUCUCAGAGAGCCUUGAGGACAGAGGAAUCAUUGAAAGGUUCCACAGUGUUUCACUUCAGGAUGAACUCAGCUCAUGUUCUGUUGGCUCUGUCCCUGCUGAUGCUUUUCUCCAGAGACAACGCUCAGCAUGGCUACCCGUAUGACACAGGUGAAGAGUGGGUAAAUACCUGGCGCCAGGGCUUUAACUUCCAGUGUCCCCAUGGCGAGGUGUUGGUGGCCAUCAGAAGUUACUUCAGUGCGAGUGAAGGCUCUGACCGCCGUUGGAACUUUGAGUGCCAGAGGACUCCCUAUGGCUGGGGUGAACCCAGUGAGUGCUGGUGGGAUGAUAUCAACAGAGGUGGGAUGGAAUGGUCCUCCGUUUGCACUAGCAAUGGGCUAGUUGCUGGCGUGCAAAGUCAGUAUUUUGAAGCGGUUUUGGAUCGGGAAUGGCAGUUCUACUGCUGUCGAUAUGGCCGCAGAUGCCCAUAUACCUGCUGGAAGACGCCUGAUGUCCCAGAGUACCACACGGAAGAAGGGGAGAUGGUAAUCCCCAGUUAUGGCUACUUUAUCAGAGGGGCUCAAACCACCUUCAGUGGCGUUAUGAGGGAUCGGCAGUGGAAGUACAUCUUGUGCCGAAUGACCGAAUUUGAUUGUGAAUUUGAAAAUUUCUAGUUUGCAAUUUUAGUAAAUAUUCUUGUUGACAUGUGAACACAAAUAGGCACACAAAUCGCCCCAAGAACACUUAUUUAGCUUACUAACCUGUUUGAAGUAAAAAUGGCUUUUUCUUCUUAUUGUAACCCUAAAAAUUACUUUUGUUGGCACCAUCUAAUGUAGUCUGAUUAGUUUAUUUUAUAACUUUCAUGGUACCUGAUAAAACAAAAAUAUUGUAGAAAGAUAAUAUAUCCUUAGAUUUACCUUAACUUUAAAAAAAUUUUUUUUUACAGUUUUUUAAUAUCGUAAAACAUUCCAAUUACAGAAAAAGACUGGAAAAAAUAUUACUAACAUGCAAUUUUACGUUUUUUUUUCUGGUGCCCCAACUGUCAGAAAAUUUCAGUUUUUUAUGGGACUCUUCUACAGUGUUGCUUUGGCUUUACAACAAUUUCUGUCUGCAUGGAUCCGUAAUAAUGUUUGUUCCAAUUUCUAUAAUAAUCAUGUCUGUGUAUCAUUUUUAGAUAUUUUAUUUUUUGGAUAUUUUAAUUUACAAAAUAACAUUUUUUGAACAUAUACUGUUUUAUCAUGAAUAAAUUGCACUUAAAUGUUAUUCACCCACGUUAUAAAAAGCUGCAUGAUGGUGAAAAUAUUUUGCACAAUUAUUUGAUUCCAACAAAUCAUUUUGGAAUGGUUCUUGUUUGAGACCCAUAUAAAAAAACACUCAGAUGGAGCCAUGGGAAAAUCUGAAUCAUCUGGAUAAAAUGGUAGAACUAAUAAAUCCCUUCUCUCGUGGUU